AUGGCCCCAACAGUUGCGGUAGCCGGCGCCACCGGCGGCGUAGGAAAGACCUUGGUCGAACAGAUCCAACAUGAGAACAAAUUCCCCGUGAUUGCGUUGACGCGACAGGAGCACGUCGAGUCGCCUGUCGCCGGUGUCCAGUAUGUACAGGUGGACUAUGAUGAUGUCGAUGCUCUUGCGCGACAUUUGGAGGCCCAUCAAGUCCAGACGGUGAUAUGCGCGAUUGGCAUGUUAGGAGAUGAUUGCUCCGAAGCCCAACUCAAUUUGAUUAAUGCUGCCAAACAGGCAGCGAGUGUACAGAGGUUUAUGCCCAGCGAGUGGGGCUACUAUACUGUGACGCGCGAAGAGAGGAAAUAUAUCGACCCUGGCAUUGACUGGUUCUUGACCGCCGCAAAUGCGCUCAAAGAGAGCGAUCUGAAAUUUACGCGUCCGGUUUGCGGGGCAUUCAUGGACUUCUUGGGACUACCACAUGCGCGAUCAAAUAUUCCUCCUUGGAAUAUUGCCGUCGAUGUCCUUAACCGAGAAGCGUGCAUUCCAGGGGAUGGUUCGACACCCUUGACCAUGAUCUACAGUUACGAUGCUGGGACCUUUGUCGCCAAAUUACUGGAGCUCGACGAGUGGCCCGAAUUCAGCUUCUGUGCUGGGGAAGAUACCAGUCUCGGUGAAGCCCUUCGACUGGCAGAAGAGGUCUGCGGACAAAAAUUCAAAGUCACCUAUAUGAAGCCGGAAGAUAUUGCCAAUGGGGACAUUCCUCCCAUGAGGAUUGCCGAGGGGAGUGGAAUUCAGCCGGAAGAUGCCCAAACCUAUAAUGUUUUUGGCUAUCAGCUAUAUCUCGCCGAGGCCUUCCAUUUGCCACAUGAAGGACGCGUUGGAAAUAGUUUCCCGGAUGUCAAGACGAAGACGGUCAAGGAAUUCUUGACGGAGACUUGGAGUGCGCAUGUUUGA